AUGUAUACGUACGAAAAAAAAAGGAGUGAUUACGGCAGACAAUGCCGAUUUCACAACACGGGGCCAACAAUAAUGAUUGAUAUGAUGACGGACCUCAGCUUGGAGGAUAAUUGGAUACAGAGAAAUCCUGUUGACAAGACCACUAACGAAACCACCAAAUGGUCAGAACACGAGGCCAAUACGAUACGCGUGAAGUAUGUGAAUCGCGGAAUUUCACACAGGGAAGGCGGCUGGCCGGUUGACGUAAACCUGGACGAUCCGGAACAAGUAUCUAGAUUCAAGCGGAAAGCGGAAAAGGAUAAACUGUAUUUAGAAUCGGUUAAGACAGUGUCAGUUCUCACCGAGCACUUCAUAAGACAAAACAAUGCAAUAAAUAUAUUCCAACCAUACUUUACCGAUCCAAAAACUAAAGAAUUUCGAACGCAAGUUCCGUCUCAUCGGACGGUGGCGAUAUUGUUAGACCCGUGCGAUUCAGCGAGACCGGUACGUAACAUAUCUUGGUCAUCGGAAAACAGCACGCACCUUGCGAUCAGUUACUCCGAAAUGAGAUUCCAAAUGGACGAUCCAAAUAACAGUCCUAACUCCUAUGUAUUUGACACGGAGAUGUUUACCUUUCCAUAUUUUACGAUGGAGUCACCAUGCCCGAUCACUAAUAUUAAGUUCCACCACAGAGACGGACAACUACUCGCUGGUGGAUUGAUGAAUGGUCAGGUCGCGUUGUGGGACAUGCGAAACAGUUACAAAAAUAUUGGCAUCAGUGAAAUAAGAAAUGGCCAUAACGAUUCAGUACUUAGUCUCCAAUGGAUUCAAUCCAAGACUAACUCAGAAUUUAUGACAGCUUCCAGAGAUGGUCAGAUCAUAUGGUGGGAUACCAGAAACCUCAAAGAACCUACGGACAAAUUGGUCUUAGAUUUAUUGAGAAAUGAAGCCCAUGGCGAACCGGAAUGGAUUCAAUCGGGCCGGACUGAUGGAGCCACUUGCUUGGAAUACAAUUUUUCGAUUCCAAUACGCUUCGUGAUUGGCACAAGCCACGGAAAGGUGUUUGAUGGAAACCGUAAGGGCAAAACAGUGACUGAAAAAAUAACAUAUACAUAUAAAUGCCAUCCGGGCUCCAUACGUUCAUUGAGACGUAAUCCGGGGUAUUUAAAAAACUUUUUAACCGUCUGCAAUUGGCAGGCAACCAUAUGGUCAGAAGACGUAAAGGAAUCAUUCAUAAUGUGCACUAAACAUCACAAUGUAAGAUUAACCGACGGCCAAUGGAGUAAUUCAAAGAAUUCAGUUUUUUAUUUGACUAGAUACGAUGGGUUCAUGGAAUGUUGGGAUAUCUUACAGAACCAACAACAUCCGAUACUUUCAAUUAAGUUGACUGACAAAAAAUUAAAUUGUAUUACUUGCCAUGAAGACGGAGCACUGUUAGCCGUCGGUGAUGACUGUGGUAAAACACGCGUGGUUGAAAUGAACGAUUGGUUUGUGACUCCCGGACCAUAUGAUAGAGUUCGGUUGACAACUAUGUUUGAGAGGCAAAGUAGACUAGAAAAGAUCAGGGAAGGUAAACUCCGUGAACAGAAAACUAAAAUAAAUUUCAAGUCAACUGAUAAUAACGACGAUUCUUUGAAAAAAUCUGAAUUAUUUAGAACUGCAGCUGUGGAUGGAGAUAUAUCCGAACUCAUUGAAAAAGCGUGCCACGGUUCGCUUAAUGAAAUGACUGAAGAUGAUGUUACGGAAGAAGUUAAAUCGGAAGAAUUUACAACUGAAGAAUAA